AUGGCAGGAAAUGACUGGAUUAACAGUUAUCUGGAGGCGAUCCUGGAUGUCGAGCCGGAAUCAACGAUCAGAAAUCAUCACUGCUCCUGCGCGAGCGUGGUCGCUUUAGCCCCGCUCAGUACUUCGUCGAAGAAGUCAUCACCAGCUUCAAUGAGACCGAUCUCCACCGCUCUUGGGUUCGGAUUUUUCAUGUUUCAACUCUGCUUGCUGCAGGCAUCAUCAAUUCGGAACUCGGAGGAGAGGAAUACAAGGUUGGAGAAUAUGUGUUGGAGGAUAUGGACCUUGGCCCGCAAGAAAAAACAAAUUGAGGGUGAAGAAGCACAGCGUAGGACGAAGAGACACCUUGAACGAGAGAAGGCCCGGAGAGAGGCCACAGCUGAUAUGUCGGAAGACUUAUCAGAAGGAGAAAAAGGAGAUACAGUUUCUGAUCUUUCAGCUCAUGGUGACACAGGUAGUGCCAGAGGCAGAAUGCCCAGGGUUAGUUCUAUCGACAUGAUGGCAAAUUUGGCCAGUCCCCAUGCAGACAAGAAGCUUUAUAUUGUCCUUAUCAGUCUUCAUGGAUUGAUUCGUGGAGAAAACAUGGAACUUGGAAGGGAUUCUGAUACAGGAGGCCAGGUUAAAUAUGUUGUUGAACUAGCCCGAGCCUUGGGUUCUAUGCCCGGAGUUUAUCGUGUUGAUUUGCUGACAAGGCAAGUAAUGGCCCCAGAUGUGGACUGGACUUAUGGUGAACCAACAGAGAUGCUAAACCCAUUGAACUCAGAGAAUGAAUUCGGGGAGAGCAGUGGGGCAUAUAUAAUUCGCAUACCCUUUGGCCCGGAAGAUAAGUACCUCUCUAAAGAAGUUCUGUGGCCUCAUAUUCCAGAAUUCGUUGACGGUGCACUCGGCCACAUCCUGCAGAUGUCUAAGGUCCUCGGCAAGCAGAUUGGGAGUGACCAGCCACUUUGGCCUAUUGCCAUCCAUGGCCACUAUGCUGAUGCUGGAAACUCUGCUGCUCUCAUUUCUGGAGUUCUGAAUGUGCCCAUGAUUUUCACUGGCCACUCACUCGGACGUGACAAGCUAGAACAACUUCUAAGACAGGGGAGACAAUCGAGGGAGGAGAUAAAUUCAACUUACAAAAUAAUGCGGCGUAUAGAAGCUGAGGAGAUGACUCUUGAUGUUUCUGAGGUCAUAAUCACGAGCACAAAACAGGAAAUUGAGGAGCAAUGGCGUCUUUACGAUGGAUUCGAUCCGGUAAUUCCUCCUGGCAUGGAAUUCCGUAAUGUCGUUGCACUAGAUGGAGACAUUGAUGGAGAACUGGAAGGAAAUGGAGAUAGUUCUGGAACUCCUGAUCCACCUAUUUGGUCAGAGGUGAUUAUGCGUUUCUUUAGCAAUCCACGCAAGCCUAUGAUACUUGCUCUUGCUAGGCCAGACCCAAAGAAGAAUCUGAUCACUUUAGUCAAAGCUUUUGGAGAGUGUCGCCAGCUGAGAGAUCUAGCAAACCUAACUUUGAUAAUGGGAAACAAGGACACAAUUGAUGAUAUGUCUUCUACAAAUUCAUCUGUCCUCCUUUCUAUACUCAAAUUGAUCGACAAAUAUGACCUGUACGGUCAAGUUGCAUAUCCGAAACAUCAUAAACAAUCUGAUGUUCCUGAUAUAUACCGCCUGGCUGCAAAAACCAAGGGUGUUUUCAUCAAUCCAGCUUUUAUUGAGCCCUUUGGUCUCACCUUAAUUGAGGCAGCAGCCCGUGGUCUGCCAAUUGUUGCCACAAAAAAUGGAGGUCCCGCUGACAUUCAUAGGGUUCUUGAUAAUGGUGUGCUAGUCGACCCUCAUGACCAGCAGUCGAUUGCCGAUGCCCUCCUGAAGCUUGACCUCUCUCUGAAGAUGUCAUUAGACGGUGAGAGGACAGAAGGCAGCAUUGGCUCACUAAUGCUCAAGAGCCAAGAAAGCGAUAGGAGAAAGCAGCAGUACUCAUCACCUGCUCUGAAGCUGCUGGCACCAAACAACGAGCCCAUGGAGAAACCGGACAACUCCAGAUUUCCUGUUCUGAGAAUGAGAAAGUUAAUCUCGUCAUCGCCGUGGGUUCUGAUUCGUUGGCUGAUACUCUCAAUAACAACAAGAUGA